AUGGUGAUUGAAUCCCUCGAGAAUGAUAGCAAUGGCCAGCCUCGGUUCCCUGGAUGCUCGAGCAUCCACAACUUUGAACUUGUGAGCAAACUGGGCGAAGGGACCUUUGGGGAGGUAUAUAAAGCGAAGUCAAGAAAAGACAAUUCGCUUGUGGCGCUGAAGAAGAUUCUCAUGCACAAUGAAAAGGAUGGUUUCCCGAUCACUGCGAUUCGAGAGAUCAAACUUUUGAAGGCGCUUUCUCACCCGAACAUUCUACAGCUCAGAGAGAUGGCGAUUGAGCGUAGCAAAGGCGAAAGGCAAAAGAAGCCUAGCAUGUACAUGGUCAUGCCCUACCUAGAACAUGACCUAUCCGGACUUCUGGAAAACCCAGCGGUGCAAUUUAGCGAGCCACAGAUCAAAUGCUAUUUGAAGCAACUCCUCGAAGGAUUGCGGUACUUGCACGCGAGCCGCAUCCUACACCGCGACAUGAAAGCGGCGAACCUGCUGAUCAGCAAUGGUGGGAUUCUUCAAAUCGCUGAUUUCGGACUUGCACGGCCCUACGAUGAGUCUCCUCCUCAGCCUGGGCAGGGCGGAGGAGAGGCAAAAAGAGAGUACACUGCUCUUGUCGUCACAAGGUGGUAUCGUCCUCCGGAGUUACUGCUUCAAUUGCGACGCUACACCACUGCAAUCGACAUGUGGGGAGUCGGCUGCGUGUUUGGCGAGAUGUUCAAAGGAAGCCCGAUUCUCUCCGGCAGUAGUGAUCUCAAUCAGGCACAGUUGAUCUUCAGUCUCGUGGGAACGCCUACGGAAGAGAAUAUGCCCGGGUGGAGUUCACUUCCCGGCUGUGAGGGUGUGAAAAACUUUGGAUACAAACGUGGGAAUCUUGCCGAAGUCUUCAAGGAACUUAGUCCCUCGGCCAUUUCACUACUUCGCGAGCUUCUCAAACUCGACUGGCGAAAACGAAUCAAUGCUAUAGAUGCGUUGAAACAUCCCUAUUUCACGACACCACCACUGCCUGCGAACCCCGGCGAGCUCCCGCGUUUCCAAGAUUCUCACGAAUUUGACCGUAAGAAAUUCCGCAACCAACGCCCCCCCGUGGCGCCUGUUCCGCCGGGUGGCUCUACAGACAGUUAUUCCAGUGGCGGCUGGGCGAGUGGCCCUCGCGGACCAGAGCCGAGAAAUAGUCGAAUUCCUGGUGCAGCCCGUGGCGGCAGACCAGGCCACGGCAACGCUCCACGGCGCGGGCCCUUCCCCCAGCAAAGGGAUGGUGGACUCCCCGCGAAGCCUCCUACAUCCAACCACCCGAACUGGGAUGGAUCACAACCUACCAGACCAUCUGGAAGAGACGACCAGCGACGGGAUCGAUACGGCUCGAAUCGUCCCGGCGGUCGAUUUUCUGGAAAUAUGGACUCUUAUGUACCGAGCUACGGUGGCUCUCACGACCGCCCACGCGAUCCCGGCGGGUACAAUUCACACUCGAAUUCAGACAGGCGGUCGACGGAUCGACACGACUUGCGCCGGGACCAUUCGCCUAGGAGACGAAGUCGCAGCCCCAGCUACCGAGAAGGGGGAAGGGGAUAA